AUGAUUCGCCCGAGGGCGAUCGCACGGAUAGUCAAACCUCUUCCGCAAUCGCAGUGGGCAUGCGCAUCAUGUCUAUCACGGCGGUACUCGCAGAAGAAAGUUGAGAAAUCCGAGCCGGCCGAUCAUCGAAAGCUUGGAUUGCAGCAGGAACUCUUCAUCACCUCCGUCUACAGCCCGGGCUCGCCGAUAUUCCUGCCAAAUGGCGCGCGCAUCUUCAAUCGGCUGGUGGAAUUCCUGCGCAAGCAGUAUGUUCACUACGGUUUCCAAGAAGUCAUCACCCCCCUGAUUUACAAGAAAUCACUCUGGGCAAAGUCCGGCCACCUCGACAAUUACGCCGACGACAUGUACGGGGUAUCGGGAAGCAAGAAACAGCCUCCGGACGCGACGUCGUGCCGUGGGGAAGAAGAGGGCGACGAAGUGUAUGGGCUGAAGCCGAUGAACUGCCCUGGGCACUGCCUCAUCUUCAAGUCCAAGACGCACAGCUACCGCGACCUGCCGGUACGAUAUGCCGAUUUCAGCCCUCUCCACCGAAACGAAAUCUCCGGUGCUCUUUCCGGCCUGACGCGAGUCCGGCGAUUUCAUCAGGAUGAUGGCCACAUCUUCUGCAGGCCAAGCCAGGUGGAGGAGGAGAUUUCAAGGACCCUCGACUUCGUCAAGGCCGUCUACAACGUGCUGCAACUUGGUGUCAGCUAUCGCCUGGCACUCUCGACAAGGCCAAAGGAUCACUACAUCGGAACGGCCGAAGAAUGGGAUCGGGCCGAGGAUCAGCUGAAGCGCGCUCUUGAUGCUUCAGGCAUGGAGUGGAGCCUAAAUGAGGGAGACGGCGCAUUCUACGGACCCAAGAUUGACAUUGUGCUGACGGACUCGGACGGAAAGGAGCAUCAAACGGCAACGAUCCAACUGGACUUUCAGCUGCCGAAGCGCUUUGAGCUCGAGUACCAAGCCCCGGCUCCGGAGCACGAGGCUCGCGGCGAGACAACCGAUGAUCCAGCGCUGCUUUCCGAGCAUGGGCCGGUACGGCCCGUCAUGAUUCAUCGCGCGGUGCUCGGAUCGGUGGAGCGCCUGAUGGCACUCCUCAUCGAGUCGUAUGACGGAAAGUGGCCAUUCUGGUUGAACCCGAGGCAGGCCAUCGUCUUGACGGUCAACACGUCCAAGCCAGUGGUAGAUUGGGCCCAGGAGGUUCGUGAUGUGCUUGUUGGCAUCAAGACGAACGCCGAAGACAUGCCCGGUGCCGUCUUGACGAACCCGACCGGCUUGGCCGUGGACAUGGACACCACGGCGAGACCGCUAGGCUCCAAGAUAAGGGAGGCCCGGACCCGGGGGUACAGUCAGAUACUGGUGGUGGGCGAGGAGGACGUGAAAAACAAACACGUCAGCCUUGGAAACAAGCGGGUGAGCCCGGCAGACAUGCGCGACAGCAUGCUCGGCAUGGUCGAAAAGUUCCUAUAG